AUGAGAGCCAAGCUCGACAUCUUGGCUUUAGUCCUGGGUGCACUGGGCAUCGUUGGGACCAUUGCCGUAACUGCCAUCCCCCUGUGGAGGGUCUGGGCUUUCAUCGGCGAGCUGCAGGCGUCACGCGGCCUCAUGUGCUCUUCCAUAAUACUGGCCGUGAUUGGGUUUGUCAUCACCAUAUCGGGAACUAAGGUGACUUCAUGUUGCAACGACAGCCCGGGGGCCAAAACCACCAUGUUGGCGAUCGGGGGCUGUUUCUUUCUGCUUGCCUGCCUUACCACUCUGAUCCCGGUGUGCUGGGUGGCGCACACGGUCAUUCGGGACUUCAACAACCCGUUAAUGAUGGUUGUACAGAGGAGGGAGCUGGGCGCCGCGCUGUAUGUGGGCUGGGCCACAUCAGGGAUCCUGCUCGCAGCAGGAAUCAUAUUUCUGCUGCGCUUCAGCCAGAGGAGGAGCCAGGAGGAGAGGAGCGGCUACACGGAGGCGCACGCUCUGACGUGCACCGAGGAGAGCGUGUACUUGCACAGAGCUCCGUCCAGCACGCACAAGACUGUGGAGUACGUGUGA